CUUCGGUUUAAUAUCUAUCUCAUUCAUAGCAUUACGCUAUAUCAGUUUCCGUUCUGCGAUCAUGGGUUGCUGUAAGAGUAUCGUUCCCGAGAGAAGAUAGCUUCGUCGGAGUUACUAAUUAUUUUUCGUAUCGCAAACGCCGGUAUUAGAAUUUCCUUCCCGUUUCCAGAAGUAAAUUUCAAGGAAAAGUGGUCUGUCUUGAUAUUUUUUAACGAACUUAUGAACAGACAUUGACGUAAUAGUGUUUAUGAUAGUUCCUUUUAAUAAAUGGACAAAUAUAUUAAUCUAUAAUGGAAGGCCCGCUAGAAGUAAAAGAUUCUACCACAGGUGUAGAGGAAUCUAUUAAAUCAGAGGCACCUGUACAAAACCCAGAUAGUAGCGAUCGGAGUGAUGGUGCAGUGUCACCUCCACCAAAUUGUAGCAUUUGUUUGGGCAAAUUAGUGAAUACCUCAUUCACUGAUAGUUGCCUUCAUCAAUUUUGUUUCACUUGUUUGCUUCAAUGGUCGAAAAUAAAAACUGAAUGUCCAUUGUGUAAGCAAACAUUCAAAUCGAUCAUACACAAUGUUAGGUCAGAAGAAGAUUAUGACCAGUAUCAUGUACCUAGAGAAUUGGCUACUUUUGACCUUUUUGAAUUGGGUCACAUGGAUACUGGCACACAUCGUUUCCACUAUAGGACAACAAUGACAGGACAUCACAGACGUCCACAUGAAAUAGUGCUUAAUCCAGAACAAGUUGCAAGAAGAGAACAGUUACCAAGUAUAGCACCACAAGUUCCAAUAGGAGAGCGUAUACGUAGACGCGUAAAUCCAACUGAUUAUCGUCGUACGAUUUACAGGCAUGGAAUUUGGGCUACUGCAUUGCCAGAUGUAUUUGGCCGUUUUCGUGAAUGUAGUGCUGAUUUUUAUCGGAGAGAACCGAGGGAAUUAAAUCGACUUAUACCAUGGUUAAAUAGAGAAUUACAAGUAUUACUUAAUAACAAUGCUUCACAUGUUGCGUAUGUAUUAAGAGUUAUAUUGGAUGCUCUUUGUCAGUAUGAUAUCAGAAGUCCAGAAUUUCGAGAGUUAGUACGCCCUCAUUUCGCCGCAUAUACGGACCAUUUUGUACAUGAAUUACUUAAUUAUGCCCGAACAAAUUUUGAUUUAAUUGGCUAUGAUCAAUCUGUAACUUAUUUACCACAAGGAUUAUCAAAUGAAUAUGUAGCAAAUAUUUUAUCACCUACAUCUAGCAGUACUAGCACUAGUUCUGAUGAUUCUGACAUUCGAGUUCUAGAGGAAGCAAUUGAUCUUAGAACAAACACAGACAUGCCUAGUGUAGGACCACAUACAAUUAAUAUGCCUGGUCCAAGUACUGUAGCACAAACGUUCCAGUUAGAUAUUCCAUAUAAUGUACCAGAUGUAUUGACUAUUUCUUCUGAUUCCUCCGUGUCAGAUAAUGAUUGUGAAGUAAUUGGUUAUGUGAAACCUCGUCAUGAAAGAACACCGGAAAUUAUAGAAUUACUUUCAUCUGAUCCUGAGGAAAUAAAUAUUUCCCAUGUAUCAAAUGAUAACACUCAAGCUCCAACGUGCUCUGCUUCAUACGAAGAUAUUGUCCAACCCAGUACGUCUCAUAACAUUAAGAAACGAACAUUGGCAUCAUCGUCUAAUGAAAGUGAUUCCAAUUCAGAUAGUGAUUACAUUUUCCGAAAGUAUCAAAAUUACACUAGAAAACGUACGAAAAGGAGCAGCGCUAAAAAGCGUAACCGGUCAGUAGAAACAAGAGUCCGCAAUCGAACGAAUAGAAACUUAUCUAGUUCAGGCGAAAGUGACGUUAGAAAAAAGGGAACUAAAAGAACUCAACGAACGUCAAAAAGAAGAUUAAGUAGUAGUAGUAGUGACAGCAGUUCUCGCGAAAUCGAAUCAAAACCGACGGAUGAAAAAAAAUCAAGAAAUUCGCAAUAUUCUACUGUACGGGUUCGUAAAGAUUUAAUUAAGAAAGAAACUCGAUAUUCGGAUGAUGAGUCAUUCAGUAGUAACAGUAGUAGUGAUUCAGAUGAAAUUAUGAAAAAUGUAAAAUCUCGCACAUCACGAAAAUCUAAAAGAAAAUACGCCACUAGUUCGAGUGAUUUUGAUACAGGUAGAAGUGAAAGAGUAAUUAGAACAAGAGGUAAAGCAAGACAAGUAUCAGAUACAAAGCAGUCUCAUCGAAAAGAAUCAAGAUACAAGAGUGAUCGACAAUCUGAAUCUAGAAGUAGUAGUGCAUCUUCUUACGAUUCUCGAAAAGAAAAAAGAGAUAGCUCUAGGCGCCGAGAAUCUCAACGACAUCUGAGUGAUAAUGAUAGCACUUGGAUAACCAGAGAGGUAUUAAAAAAAAACCGUGAAUUUAAAUCUGAAUUUAAAUGUAAGGCGAGAGAAGUAAUUGUAAGUAGUUCAGAUUCCGAUGAAGACUUUAGAUCGCAUAGUCAAUGCAGUAAUUACUCAAAUAAAUCAUAUACACACAAAAAGAAAUCGAAACAUAAAGAUAAGCACAAGAGUAAAAAAAGAAGACGAUCUAGUAGUAGAACACAUAGUUCAUCAAAUCGAUCACGACUAACCCGACGACAUCCUGCUUGAAAUUGAAAUACAUAACAUUGAAACAUUCCGAUUCGAAAAAUAAUUCGAUUACAAAAGGAUAUAAAUGUGUGCAACUCCUACAAAAUUUGGAAGGGGUUACAGAAGAUUCUCAGGGUAACGUCAAAUCAAAAUCGAUAAAAAUAACUAUGCAUUUGAUUAAUUGGCUUAAAUUCAGAAUGAUAUUACUAGGUUCAAUUGAAAUUAUUUAACGAACAAUUUUACUACUUGAUUGAAAAUUUCUAACGAAUUUAAGCAAUUAUGUGCACAUAAAAUACAACAACGACAAAGCAUGAUGAAUUCAUAAUUUCCAAUAUUGAUUUAUGAAUAUUUCUUUACAAUUUUAAGGGAGUAGAAAUGCAACAUGGCGAAAACAUACUGCAUUUUAUAAGAAAAUUAAGAAAUUGUUUCAUUUCUUUAUUUCUAAAUAAAGAAACAACUUCCACAUGUGUUACAAAACUGUGUAUAAAAUACUGACGUAAAGUCAUAGAUUUUAUUUAUAAUUUUUUCUACUGUAUAAAUUGUUUACAAUAGAACUAAAUUUAAGAUGUUAAUUUUUAUGUUAAAUUUUGAAUAAUAUAAGAAAGAAACAAAACAUUCUAUACACACACAUAUAUCGCCAUUAUUUUCAUAAAGGUACAACAAAUUUUGUUACAAUUCCCUUCAAUUUUGAUUCCCAAAGAAUAUUUGUAAAUACAUCUCUACGUUAUGAGCUAAUAAUUUAAUUAAGACCCUAAUUUUUUGUAAAGUAUGUAGAUUUAGAAAUGCUAUAUGUAAAAUUAUACAUGUUAUAUAUAAAUCAUAAAAUAAUUAGUUUAUAAC